AUGAUGAACCUCCUUCUUAUUGCUGCUUACUUUUCUACGGCUCUUGCAGCUUCUCCAAUGUGGACUAGUGGCGAUCAAGCACCCUUUCCAAAAUCCGAUAAAACAUAUAAAUGUCAGGGCAAUCACUAUUCUUAUUGUACUAGUUGGGAGUACGAUCAAAAACAUACAUUUGUCUGGCGAGGACAAUGUUACAACCCUACUGGCGAAAACGGAAAAGAACAUGGGUUUUCUAGAAAUGACCCUUUACCUACUUGUACUGGAGGUUUAAUCCGAUGCUGCUCGCCGUAG